AACUCUGAUACAUACAUGAGUGCCGAUAGCGCCUGCCUGCAGCCUGCGCUAAAAGCUGCGUCUUAUACACACCCGGAAUUUAACAACAACAACAACAACAACAUGGCGACGAAAGGAAUCACACGCGUACGAAAGAAAAAUGAAAACAGAAAAAAAGAAUAUAACGAAAGCCAUCACUCUGUGCGGUUGGUUUCGAUCGUGUGGGAAAGGUGGAACAGAUUGAAAUUGCAGUCCUGCCAGCAAACACAUGAUAAAUUUGCGUCAAUUUUGAUGGACUGCUGGGAACAGUACGGAUCUAAGUCUGUGAAACCUACAGAGAUGCAAACAGACACUGAUGUCGAGAUACAUCAAGCUCAAGAUAUCACUCCAGUAAAGAGUAUGUCAUCUGCCACAGUGCCAUUGUCAUCAACACCAUUUACAGAUACAAAAGACAUCAGACCUAUGUUGGAAGAAAUAUCUGAUAUUUCAGAAGGAUCACCAAGCUGUCCUGAGAUUCAACAUUGAUUUCAAACUUUUACUGGUUAGUACUCUUUC